GACGAAGUGUCACAUGCUCCUGCGUCUCUGCACCACUGAUUGCCAAAACACAGACGGCUCAGUCGUUACCAGUGGUGGACAAGCUGAAGAUUACUGAAUGGCUGCAACAUCGUUCUGACACAGCUGACUGUUAAUGGAACUAAAAACACUGGACAUAAUAGAUUAACUGCUGCUGCAGGAUACCCUGUCCUGUCACUCAGACUUUCUGAUCGACUUCUCCUCUGCUUGGACCCAGAGAGUUGGAGAAUAUUUUUCUGGGGUGUGUAAGGCUUGGCAGGCCGAGGUACAGCCUGUUGAUUCAUGGCGAUUAACACUGAUGCCGAAGACUGGGGCGGAGUUGGGAGUAAUGACCCUGGAGAAAGGGCAUGGCUCCUGCAGAGCCCCAGCGUGGAGUCUGACCAGCAUCUUGAGACGGACAGGAGGAGGAGCGGGGGCGUGUCGUCUUUGGGAGCGGUCUUCAUCGUAGUGAACGCAGCACUGGGGGCAGGUCUACUCAACUUCCCCGCAGCCUUCAGUAUGGCAGGAGGAGUAAUUGCAGGAGUGAUGCUUCAAAUGUUCAUGCUGAUUUUCAUCAUUAGUGGACUGGUGAUCCUGGGCUACUGCUCCCAGGUCAGUAACGAAAGCACAUAUCAGGAGGUUGUUCGAGCUUCCUGUGGGAAAGUCACAGGAGUCAUAUGUGAAGUAGCCAUAGCGGUCUACACCUUUGGGACUUGUAUUGCUUUCUUAAUUGUCAUUGGAGACCAGCUGGAUCUCUUGAUAGCUGCGAUAGCUCAUGAAACGGACAAAACAGUCAGCGGCUACUGGUACACUGACCGCAAAUUUACCAUUGUUGUUACUGCUGUCCUGGUUAUUCUUCCUCUCUCCAUUCCUAAAGAGAUUGGCUUUCAGAAGUAUGCCAGUACACUGAGCGUGAUAGGAACCUGGUAUGUUACCAUUGUGGUCAUUUUAAAGUCCAUCUGGCCAGAUAAAAUGGUGAUCCCCGGCUAUGUUCCCACCAGUUCUGCUUCCUGGACUGCAGUUUUCAAUGCAAUGCCCACCAUAUGCUUUGGUUUCCAGUGCCAUGUUAGCUGUGUGCCAGUGUUCGACAGCAUGAGCAGAAGAGAGAUCAAACCUUGGGGAGUGGUAGUGACUCUCAGCAUGCUCAUCUGUCUCUUUGUUUACACAGGAACAGGUGUCUGUGGCUUCCUAACAUUCGGCUCCAAUGUCAGCCAGGACGUGUUGAUGUCCUACCCUCCUGAUGAUAUUGCAGUGGCCAUCGCAAGAGCUUUUAUCGUCAUCUGCGUCAUCACCUCCUACCCCAUUUUACACUUCUGUGGCAGGGCAGUCAUAGAAGGACUUUGGCUACGUUUCCAAGGCGAGCAGGUGGAGGUGUGUGUACGUCGUGAGCAGAGGAGGAGGAUUCUGCAGACGCUGGUGUGGUUCGUCGCCACCCUUGUCCUUGGCCUAUUCAUCCCAGAUAUCGGUCGGGUGAUCUCGCUGAUCGGGGGAUUGGCAGCCUGCUUUAUCUUUGUCUUCCCAGGGUUGUGUUUGAUGCAAGCCAAGCUGUCAGAGACAGACAGCCGAUCUGCAAGCUGGCAUGGAUUGGUGGGCCUUGGUGUUGUCAUGGUUACGAUCGGAGCGUUCAUCUUUGGCCUCACUACAACCAACUCCAUCUACCAAGACGUCGUCAGCUAAAAGGAACGUUUAUCGGAGCCAGCGGUGUCCUCAUUACUGAGCGGGUGCUUAGUCCUGUGCUGCUAUUCUGAACUACUGGCUAAGAAGCCACUCAUUUAGAAAAUCAACAUCUCUGCAGCAUGUCACAUCCCUGCUACAUACCGAGUUAAAUCUCUACAGCUCUUUACUCAAGUCAGGUAGUAGUCAGAGACACCCCACAUUGCCAAGUGACUUCAGACACUUUUUACCUUUUAUUUUAUGUAAAGUUUACGUCAAGUUAAAAAUGCAUGUUUAAUGUGUUUAUGGUGGUUUUAAAUUGCAGUGAAAACAGUUCUGGUCGGUUUAGCCAUCCACAGGGGCACAGAAUGGCUUCCCCUGUCUGUGGACCCUGUAGUGUUUACAAGAGAUUAAGGACUUUGUAUUAGGGAUGGGUCAUGAUUUAACAAUUUUCGAAUGGUCAUUAAAUUAUUUAAAAAAAUCGAAUAGUUUAAGUCACUAUCGUCUUGACAUUGUGUGACUACCACGUCUCACUAUCAUUCUUCAUUAACAGAGCGGUCCGGUUCUAGUUACCAGCUACUGCUUCAUUCUCUCCAGCAUUGGCACAGUGCUAAAACAAAGUGUGGAGAUAUGUCUGGCUAUACUUUACCAGCUACGAUCCAGGCUAAAGUAGUCUAAGAAACAAGUGAGCGCCCAACUGUUGUUUGGGCCAAAAAUCUGGAACACAGGUAAAGCUAGCAUAUUACAAGUCUACAACAACUAUUCAGUCAUUGCGUCUCUGCAUGCAGAGAAUGGUUGAAUAAUUCCCAAGUGAUUUUAUUGAGUGCUUUGCUAAGAAUCAAAUUUAAUUUAAUAAUGAAAUUGUGCCAUUUUUUGUGUAUUGACAUAACUGACAUGCUGUGGUUCCCAGGUCCAGUCUUUAUGUUGGUGCUGCUCACAGUUUGUCAACAAAGUAUCUUGUCUCCUUUCCAAGGAGACACCUCACCAGACAAUGGUUGGUUCCUGUUUAUAGAAUGGAGUAACACCUGAUACACUAUCCAUAAACCUGAUUAUUCAUUAUCAGUUAUAUAAUGGCUUCUACAACACUUUUAAAUACAUUUGAGUUAUUUAUUGUUCGGUGUAUAUAUAUAUAUUCUCAUACAUUUUAUAAAGUUACUAUGAUGAUUUUAUUAUUGGUUUUGAGAUUAAAUCAUUUGUUUAGACAAGUUUGCGAAAGUAUAGCGCUACUUUCAUGUUCAAGCCACAUUCAAGCCUGAAGGUCUUAAAAAUAAAUAAAUAAAUAAAAAGACACUUCAAAAUGUGCUAAACACUGAACUGCCAGACAGGGUGAAAACCACAGCAGUGUGUCUCCCUACACACUGUGCACAGAUCUGCAGGGUGUCCCAGACAAGAAACACAUCUGCAUUCAGGAUAUGAAAACAAACUCUUUCAACAGUGUUGAUUUCUCACAGGGUGAGUUUGGAAAUGAUAAUGUCUUUAUGAAUGUAUGCACAAAAAAAAAAAAGAAAGUCGUCACCCACACAGAACUCAGUUUGCACAUAAUUUACAGAAAAGACUUGUUGCACAAGCGAACGACAGCUUGGCUGGCUGUGGGAAGAAGCCAAGUAGUUAAACCCGUGAGUUUGAGGUUUUAUUUACUUGAAUCAACGCACACCACUGCAAACUCAAGAAUGAUGAGUUAAUAAUAAUUUGCUCUUUUUUUUCUUUUUCUUUUUACUUAAAACCAAAGCUUGGGCUUCCUUUUAUGUCCUACAAUUUAAGUUAAGUUGGAUUUCAAGUUAACUUUUAUGAAAAAAUUUUUUUUCCCUAACCAAACUGAAGUAUAUUUAAAAUGAGAAAAAUGACAUGAUAAACUGAGUGGAUUUAAUCCCUGGUUUUGCAUUUAACAGUAUGACCGCUAAUCUUGGGUACAUUAAGCAUUUUAUGAUCCAUAAUUCAAGUGAGAUUUAAGACUUGAUAGCAUUUUGUUUUGACUGUGUAUCCAGAUUUCAUGAAACCAGGUAAUAUACAGUGUUUUAUUUGUAGACAUGAGGGCCAGUGGUGUAAAAGGGAUUUGGGUUUUUCCAGAAAAGCAAUUACGUUGCAUUAGUCACACUAUUGGAGUGAAUACAUUGAUACAUCUACCAUAUCAUUUAGAGGAAGGGAAAGAAGCUACGAUCAAAACAUUAAUGCUGUCUGAUCAGUGCGUCAUACAGUUUUUUUUUUUUUUUU